CGGUAGGCGCCGGUAAAGCACAGGGCUGAGGCUGCAGAACUAAGUAAGUGGCAGGUGCAUCUUUAGACUUGUACGUUCCUGUCCAGCCCUAUCUAUCGAAAUACGAAUAAUACGUUAAUUGGAAUAAUGGCAACAAAUUUUUUGUGCUUGGAGAACCACCGCCAAGAUGACUCGAGGAGUUUCGGCCCUAACUCAGGAACAUUGAGGGCAACCAUCGAUUCUAGCCAGCUGGAGGACGAGCGAACUUUGCGCAACCUCCUGGCCAUGGAGGAGAAGCACCCACCCCGACUCAACUAUUUCGACACCGUGCAGAGUGACUUACAGCCCAGUAUGCGACGGGUGCUGGCGGAGUGGAUGCUACAGGUAUGUGAAGAUGAGAAUUGUGAAGAGCAGGUGUUUCCUUUGGCCAUGGACUACCUAGACCGAUAUCUUUCUUGCUUCAUUUUAAAGAAAAGCCACUUACAACUUCUGGGAUCUGUCUGCAUGCUACUUGCUUCUAAACUGCUGGACACAGUCCCUCUGAAAGCUACAAAAAUUUGCAUUUACACUGACAACUCCAUCACUGUGAACGAACUGCUGGAAUGGGAACGGAUGGUGGUGGAGAGGUUGAAGUGGGACCUGCUGGCUGUCCUGCCCAACGAUUUCCUUGAGCACAUCCUUCAGAGACUACCUGAAAUCCCUGAGGAGAAACUGGACCUUAUCCACAAGCACGCAAAGAUCUUCAUAGCAUUAUGCAUUACAGAACUGAAAUUCUUUAUGACGCCGCCAUCUAUGAUUGCCUGUGCUAGCAUUGCAGCUGCAAUCCGUGGAUUAGAAUCAAUAGAUAAAUGUCUUGGUAGUGAUGAAAUGACAGAACAUCUUGCAAAGAUAACUGCAGCUGAUGUGGAUUGUCUGCGCUCAUGCUUGGAGCAACUGGAGCUCACACUGGAGAUGUACUUGCCAAGUAAAACAUACUGUCCCGAGGAUAGCAACUCCUGUACGCCAACCAACAUAUUGGAUGUGCGGCUCUCACCACAUUUUGUGGAGUUAGUUGCUCACACUACACCAAGAAAACAUUUAUAAUAUAUAUUUUGUUUGCACAUUGGUGGGGCGGUGCUGUUUACUGUCAGGAUUAAUUAAAUGCCUGCCUUUGUCGGUUUUGAAUAUGUACAGUCUUGUACUGAAGAGGCCAUCUACCUCCUUGCAAUAAAUUUGGUUCAAAAUUG